CAUCGACGGGAUUGCUCGCUAUGAGACUGUCUUUUUCUUCCACCAGAAGUCAAGAUCUUAGAGAAUUUAUUUCAUAAGCUGCGAUUGGUAGUUUCGGUACCGAGCACACGAUGAAGCUGUCUCUCAGCUUUCUAUCGCUGCUGCCUCAGCUUUUGGCGGCAUCGCUUAUAGGAACUCCCCAGCAUAUCUUCUCUAAUCCCGAAGAUGCCCAAAACAAGCCUCACCGCAUUCCAACUGUACGCGAAUCCGCCGCCAUGGCACGUAAGAUACUUCGGUUGGAGAGCAUUGGGACUCUGUCUACCAUAUUUCCAGUCUCAAAAAGUGUUGAGACAGAAGAGAACAGACCUGCGUCCGUCGAGGGAAUGCCUUUAGGAAUUAUGGAGUACUUUGCCGACUGCGAGCCAGACAGUGGCAACCCCACGAUACUCGCGGUCACCAUUGCGUCUAGUUUCAAGAAUGUGGCUGCGGGCAGCAACAUCACUCUGUCCAUGAGAUGGCAUCCACACUACUUUCAUCCAUAUUCGGCUGCCAAACUUCCUCGGUUUGCCCUGAUCGGCACUCUCGAGGAUAUGACGGAGGAAGAGAUUCGUGCGAACAACAUCAAGAUGUGCUUCUCUAAAUACCACCCAGAUUCAGUCAUCUGGCAACCAGGGAAUGAUAUACACGAGUCUCGCUGGGUCCGUUUUGUAACAAAAGAGGUGUAUUGGUUCGGAGGCUUUGGCGACCGUGCAUACAUCGGCUGGAUUCCUCUGGAGACAUGGCAAGGGAUUACCGAAGAGGAGAUUAAGGCAGCAAAGCUCCCUGGAGAGCGCAGACACUUUUGGGAUAAGUGGAUUGGUAAUUACGAGCUUUGAUACAGAAUAAAACCUUCGGCAUGCUCAGAAUGGAUAUUUUUUCUAGGCACGCAAGAGGGCACACUAUAUUGUCGCAGGUAAAUCGUGAGCGACACAAUUUCCCCACGACUUUUUAUAUUCAUUCAAGAUACUUGGGUGUGUUUUGGGAGAGCCGGGUGCAGCUUCUGGUCUUGAGGUAGAGAUCGACCACCCGGUAUCAAUGCAGGUUCGACACGGCAACGGUGACGAUGAAGGAUGAUUAGAGUUACUUGAGAUAUAAGCGAAGGAUCAAUCAUACACACAGUAGCAUUGGGUAAUUUUCGCGUGAUGGAGACAC